AAGACAUCUUUGGUUGAAAGGCGGUUGAGCGUACUGAUCUUUGGAGUGUUCUGUGUUUCGCGUGUUCAGCUGAUACUGGGAUUCCUUACUAUGUUACUAUGAGACCUUGCCACCUUUAUAUACUUGCGCUCAUGGAAGCUGCUGGAACAUUUGUUGUGUCCAUGGAAGCCUACAGAACAUCUGUUGUUCUAUUGCUUUCUCUCGCUUUCUGUGUUGUUCCAUGAUGGUCGUUCAUAGACAUGCGAUUUGCCACUGCCGAUCACGUCGUGAGAUCUUGACCGCGAGUAGCAUCACCUCCAACACAUGAUGGGCCGGACGGUUGUGCAGCAAGUGGAACGAAUACAUGUUGAGGUUGUCUCUGAAUUUGCACACAGGACGUUUGUCCAAGAAAUUCAAUCGUGGGGGGCGUGGGAUGAGAAUCACAGAUUCAAGGCUGCAGGCGACGGUGGCCGUGUGAUUAUGAAGGAAGAAGAGGGAAAAAGGGCAGCCGUAGGGAUUGUCGAUGGAGGAAGCUUGCUCAAUGUGUCGGCCGAACAUGGGCAUAGACAAUGUGACGUGACAUUCUUUCAACCUGUCACGGGGCCAGCUAAUCUGCUUGAUUUUGAAGUUCUUGGUUGCCUAGCAGGGCCAGCGAUACGGAUCAAAUCGUCGAAUUGUUCUUACAUGUCAAUAAAGACUGUUGUGGUCUACCAACUGGGGAAGAGUACGGGUUUAGGUGCUCUAGCGUUGAAGUUCCAUAGCGAUCAACAUGCUACCCGGCCUAUCCGGCAGACUGAAAGCCACGGCGGUCCCUUGAAACAUUUCCAUUGGAGAGACCACCAGGCAGACUAUCUGACUGCGAAGACAGCGACGCUUAGCCUAUGUAGACUGCCGGGCCUAGCAUAUAACUGCUACUUUGAACGAAGCCUUCUGUAGCAAUGUAACAGACUUCGUCAAUGGCUUGUUCACUUGAAAAUUAUAUUCGCAUGCGACGUCAGAUUUCAGCAAGGUCGCCAGAUCACGCCUUUCGUUCGAGCAGUAAGAAUCGAUGAAUGCAAAGCUGCAUAUUUCAUGUCACAAAACCCUUGGAUUUUGGAGGUGAACCACCGCAAGCAGUUGCUCGGCUGGCUGGCUACAGUCAUUUCACUCGACCUGCUCAAUCUUUCGACGAUCUCUGCGACUGUCAAGCAAAAGCUUAGCCUCAUUGAAGAUUAUUUGAAGAG